CGGAUGGAGACAUUUUUAAACUAAGAAAGAUUGAAGCUUUAUAAAGCUUUAUUGAUGCAAAAGAUGAAUAGCUCAAAGGAGCUUUAUUAUGAAAAUGUAAAGAAACGGGAAGAGAUUAAGUUUGUCACCAAGAACAAAGAGAUUUAUGAAAAUGAUAUUUGAUAUUCCAAAAGUUGAGGUUUUCAUUACAUAGCAUGACUAUUUAUAUGGGAACUCAUGUGGCAAACCCUAGUUACAUGGGCUAAUGGACUUCUCACAAGAUAUAAAAUGGGCUUUCAAUUGGAUCUUCUAAUACCGGAGACGUGACUCGUGAGUCGUGAGCGAGAUAACAACAACGGUUGGGCUGAGUGAGCAGGCAGUGAUACCCACAAAUUGCACUUGGCCUAGCAUUUUGUAGAAAGUUUUAGAAACCCUCCGAAGCUCCACUUCACCUUUAUCACUUUUAAAACGACGAAGAUUUGAAAUUUUCUUCACACGCUGCCGUUUAUUUGCUGCCAAAUCUUUUCUUUUUUUCAUAUUUUUCGUAAUCAACCGAAGACUGCGAAGUGGCGGUACAUUAAUAGUUUAGUAAUCCACUAAUAUACACUCCGGUUUAAAGACAAAGUCACGCAUUUUGAAGCCAUGAUCUCAUUAUUCUUUAGCGUUAUAAAUACAGCAGUAAAUACUAAUUCUUUGCCCCCCAUUACACAUCUCGUUCAUUUUCUGGAAUAUCCCAUUUUGUUCUCCGAUUUGUUUGGAUCAAAUACAUUAUCCACACCUAUUAUUUUGAUAAACACACAAAUGAGGAUUUCACUGGCUUUAUAUUGUUCAUUGAUUAUGUUCCUUCUGUUUUUUUCUCUGCCUUCACCAGUUUCAUCUGAAAAUCAAGAAAGUAAAGCCCAAACGACGACGACCUCUUGGAGACGAAGUCUUGCACAACACGGUGACUCUCUUCGUGUUUUCAUUAGGAAACGUGGUGGUGGUGGUGGUGGAAGGGGUCGUAGUAGCCGCCGUCCUGUCCCUACUGGUGGUGGUGGUGGUGGUUCGUCAGCUACCACUCGACCUUCUCUUUCCAUCACAUUCGGUUUAGGUUCCACCGUCGCGAGCUUGAUGUUGUUGAUGUUCUUCCCCUUCUAGUUUCAUACUUGUGAGCUUCAAGCCUUGUGAAGCUUUUUAUAAAUUGUAAUGGUGUGUUUUUUUUUACUAAUCGUGUGAGCUGAUCAAAUAUUGUAAAAUCAG